GUUUUUUUCCGCAAGCCAGGGGUCUUGGGGCUCCAGAUCAGUGACAGUGAGAUGAGCUGAUUGAACGCAUUCGGGGACAUUAUCUCGCAUAGGGAGUUGUGGCUCGCAGGUACAUGUUGUAGAGAGGCGAGUAAGUAAGGAAGACGUUCACGCAUGUAUAUCUUACAGAAUUAACACCAGCUGAUCACGGCUUAUCAUGUUCCCGGUCAGUGGUAUUUUUGAAGUGGGGAAGACGAGUGGAGAGUGGAUUUGAGACGCGCAAGUUUUCUGGUUCCCAGAUCAGUGCUCCUUCAGAAGUACAAGAAACAGGACGCGGACCAGCAGAUGUUCCAAUGAAGGCGUCCCAAACCCGCAAGUCUUACAACCUUGGCCAAUGGAUGGUCAAAUGUCCCUCUCCGAUUCCUCUCCUCUCGCACCAUCUCAAUCUCCAACAUUCAAUAGCGUUGAAAUCCUUUCGUGGAAGAAAAGACGUCCUGGACUUGGGGAAACUAAAAUCAUCCCUGUGCAUCACCCCUGCAAACAUUCAUCGGGUUCUGUGCCAAGAGCUUGCCUCGGGUGCUGGCCAGAGCGACUGGCCGCCACGAGUGCCGGCAUGGGGCUUGACCCUGAGAAGCCGUUCAUGGUUGAGGCACUUGCCACGCGAAUCGUCACACGGCGUUUUGGCCCUGGUGGUCCAUGAUGGGGCGUGGAAGUGAACCAGGCGAAGAUCCCCAGGAUGUUCAGGGUUUCUACUCCUGGCUCAUUGAUUGCCAGGCAAACUCUUUGGAGCUGUCACUUGCUGCAUGACUCUGCGCGAGGUUCCGAGUUCUUUUCACUCACCUUCGGCUGAGCCUCUCAUGAGGUGUUUUUCCUUCAGCUGGGUUCCACAGCUGCCCAGAAACGCUCCGAAAGCGGAGUGGCUGCGGUGGCGGUCCAUGUUUUCUGCCUCAUUGCUUCAAUCGGUCGAUGAGGGCUCUUGUUGAAGUUCCUCUUUGAGCAUCCACCUAAACCAUUUCAGUUCCGUCGCCACCUUGGUUAGGCUGUCGUUGAAGCACCGUGGAACCUUGGCCAACACUGAAGACUUCCAGCUCAAGUUCGCUCGGAUGUUUCUUCGUGGCUGAGUAGAAGCGAUCAUGGCGAUUUGCCUUGGAUCUUGCACUAGAAACUAAACCUCUCCUGGCCUGAAAUGCACCCUUGGUUUCCUAGAGCAAUCCCCCAACUACCCUUGGGCUAGCUGCUCUAGCUGCUCUUCUCACAUGAGAUCAGUGCUCUCCCCUUGCGGGGGGAGCUUCGAAAGCAGCGGUGUUUGGGGACGCAGGUCCUGAAGCUGUUCCUGCCCCAGACCUUCCAUAGGUGAGCAGCGUCAAAAACCUUGAUUUAUUUGUAUAUAAGGGAUUUAUCCUGGUGUUGUUCCUCUUGCCUGGUAAGAGUUUUUGCACAUCAUCAUCCAUAAUACCAGCAUAUGCCAACCACAAAACUUGGAGCAAGUCUCCAAAAGAUCGAAAGUUGAACUCGCACGGGCCCCAGCAUAAGAACUUAUAAAGAUGAAAGGUUCGGUUUCAGUACUGUUGUCCCAAGAUUGUCGUUCUUCGAGCCACCAACAAUCUCAUCAAUCUCUUUAUUUGAGUAGCAAUGGUUGUAUAGAACCUACGCAAACACCAAAGUGCAACUGAAGACUUGAGCUACUGCCUGUGGAUCAUGAUGGCACAGGUCGCAAGGAGCUGCAGUUGUGAUGCCUUUCUGAGUCUCCGUUGACGGUUGGAAGAGCAACCGUCUCCUUUGGUCCUCAGACGUUGGAUGGCAAAGUGUCACAAGAGCUACAGUAAGUUGCGUAUACAUAAUAUAGGCACCUUCCCUUAGCUACCUUAGCCCUCCGACCUAUCUCACCCAACUAGCCCAAAUGAAAAAGUUGAGGUGAACUUGUUUGGCUGUCCAUGAGGGCAACCACCCGAGCGAUAGCAGAUAGUGUGUGACUUUGAUCCAGUCUUGAUAUCCGAGCUGAACCGAUGUUUUGCUGGAUGUUGCCGGUUUGAAGAAAGAAAUAGCCAACACUCAUCCAAGUGUCUUUGAGUUGCUUUUCUUCAAAGAAUUGCUUCAUGUCAACUUCUGGGAUAUGUACUACAAGUCGGCUAGUCUGGCCAGCACCGCAUUCUUGCACUUCUCAUCGCUUCCCGCACAUCAGUUUUUGUUCAACCCUUCGAACAAAGUUGGCCUGCGCAUUCAGGAGCCGAACAAGGAAUGUGGUGAAUUGUCCAGCGGACAACUGUGUAAGUCACAAUCUCAACCACCGCAAUCUAGAAAAACAUAACACGACGUCUCCUCAAAUGCGCUGUUUCUAGCUACUGCCUGUGCAUUAUGAUGGCACAGUCGCUCAUGGUGGCAGGUCGCAAGGAGCUGCAGUUGUGAUGCCUUUCUGAGACUCCGUUGACGGUUGGAAGAGCAACCGUCUCCUUUGGUCCUCAAACAGAUUGCUACAGCAAGUUGAGCAUACAUACAUAUAGGAACCUUCGCUUAGCUACCUUAGCCCUCCAAAAGCCUGUAGCCCAAAUGAGAAAGUUUCAAGAAUAUAAUAUAGUCCAUAGAGGUUUUAACAGAGCCAUGGCCUGUAGUGUGUGACUCUGAUUGAGUCUUCAUCUCCGAGCUUCGGAUGGCGCGGACAAGCCCACCGGGUCUUGUUGGGUCGUCACUGUUUUCACUGCACCGAUGCGACAUCCUUUUGUGUUGGUACGCAGAGAAGGACUCCUUCUCCAAAGUUCACGCCUUCUUGCGACGCUCAGCUUUGUCCAUGCGAACUUCUGGGGGUUGCAUUACCAGCUGGUCUUCCUGUCACACCCAGAAGCUUCCACCAACCUCACAUGCGGCCACCACAAACUCUGGACCUCUUUGUGGUCAUUUUACAACCUCUGGAUUUGUCAGAUCGUCUACUCUUCUUGAGAGGAGAAGAUUUCAGAGGACCUUUCCUGAAAUGCUGGUGGCCCAUGUCAGGUGAGCUGGUCAGCGAUCAGACUGUGCACUGGGCUUCUUUGUCACCGCUUGGAAGCCUUCGUCAGGUGACCGAGACAGGCAGCCACUACAGUUCGGUUUGCUCCCCGACACAAAGCCCUGGGACGAUGGGACGAUGGAAGCGAGUGGCGCUUCACUUCGCCAGAGAGAAAACCAGAAAGUUGAUUUAAGCUGAUGAAGAUCAAGGCCAAUCUUUUCUCAAAAGUGCACAAGAUCUUGACCCACCAAUCAUAACCUUCCCGCUUUUUGCCAAGCAAAUAUGUCUUAGGAUUUGCGUUAUUCGCCCAACCGCGUGGUCAUAACGGGUUGCCCGUGAGCGGGCCACAUGGCCGUGCGCGAGGUCGCGGCCGCCGUUCGCUGACCCUGGGCUUCGACAAGAAGUUGAGUCUUGAGGGGAGAGGAGUUGUCCUGGAGCUUCGUCUCGUGAAGGAAGAUCUUCUGACGCUUUUGAACGGACGGACACAGCGCGUGCUGAGAUGAGCUGGCGAUGAGACGCACACAGAGGAACCAGCAAACCGGGAAUUCAAGACUGUAGGGCUGUUGGGCGACCCGGUGCAUGGACGAUGUGGCUUGCUCGUUCCUAAGAACGCGGUGUGAUUGAAUAGCCAACGACCUGGAAAUUAGAAAGUAGAUGAACACCAAUGAUUUGCCGUGCCCCUUUUAUGUUGAGACCGGUAUUGAGAGGGACUGUGCCAUUUGACGCUGCCCAAUUUUAUGUAUAAUUGUAUAGGCUGUAUAGGAUUCUAAUUAGCCUUGCUGUGAGAUUUGAUGGAUUCUGUGAGGAGAUUACAGCUGUGGCAUGCCCAAUUAAGCACCCUAAUACUCAAAACCUCCUGUUGUAGCAGAUAAACCGCUUUGAUACCUUUUGAGUGGUGCCCAUGAGCUGCCAAUCCCUCAGGCAGCUAGUGCAGUUCGAGCAGGGGAAGGUUCACCAGCAGGUGGACAACGACAAUCCUUGACCUAAGGUCUGUUCUAUGCUCCACAGGCCACCAUGGGAGGCAAUGAGUUCAAAAUAAACCCCGGUAGUUGCUAUAAGUCCAUAUCGGAAUCCUUGGGCAAAACAUGUCAGCCUUGCGUACACCUGCAAGAUCAUGCAAUGUCUUUUUUCUGAAGGUUCACUAACGCAGGCAGAUUGACCAAAUCUAGGAGUGGCCUGCAUGUGGACCUCCGUGUGUGCUCGUGCCCUCGUGCCACACCGACUUGGACAGGGCGCGAACUCACAAUGUUUGGAAUCGAGCUUGAGGGGUCUUUGCCUUUCGCUGGUUCCGUGUUGGUCGUUGGGGUCAUGACGGUCAUUUCCGUCCUCCGCUUCUGGCUUCGCCGAUCGGUGCAGUCAUGUACAAUGCCAUAGCCAGGACUCUGGGAUAGUCUUCUGUUACAUCGAAGGGUCAUGGCUCCCUUGUGUUGAACACUUUUCAGCUGUGUUGUACCAAGAGGAUCCACGAGGGUAGUUGUCCCAAGUGGUCCAGAAAGAAUCUUGAAGGGAACACGUUCAAUUUGAAGCACCUGAAGCGAACCGGGCCGCAGAGAACCGAAAGCCAUGUCUUCCUGACACCGGUAAGCAGGUGCACCGGCUGAAAGGGCCAUGGUCGACCUUGGAAGCUCCGACCCUCUAGUUGGCAGGCCUUCUUCCCAGCUGAGCUGUCGCUGCUUGAGACUCGCACUGGCAGUUCAGCCGGAAGUCAGCCGGAAAGAGAGAAUGGGACGCAGUUUCGCCGUCCAUGAAGUUUUUCAGCCCGGCAAUCUGGUUGAUAUCUUGUAAUACCUCGGUAGGCCCUUCUAGCUGGUCGAUGGUGCCCAUGUCAAGGGACUUAAACGCAAGAGUAUGCAGAGCUUAUCACCUGUGACCAUAGUGACCAGUCGUGACCGGGAACUCCUUUUGCUCGAUUCCUUGGGGCUCACCACUGCACCACCGGUGGAACCAACGAGAGCUGCACCUAGCGCCAACCGGAUCGGACGGCACCGUACCCGCUGCACUCCGGUCCCAGAGACCCGUCGUGACCGGGUCAGGUGGUUGAGUCCAGCACCAAGCCCUCAUAUGUUUGUGUUUAUCAUUUUACAUCCAAACACAUGACUCCCGGCUCCCUGCCUUCCAAGAAUUUUGAGAGAGCUUUGAUCUUUCAGUUGCUUCAGUUACUCGUUUGUUUUUGAACUUUGCAGACUGCAGCGACAAGAAGGGCUGCGACAUGGUUCGAUCAAUAUCACAUGUAUCGCACCUUUGCAAUUUGCCUGUCAGUGAGUCGCAGCAUGUACUGUACAGGUAGGUGACACCAAUCAAAUCAAAAACAGUAAACAUGCCAGGACCUCGCAAGGUGGUUUUGCAAACGUUGGUCUCAAAGUUCGAUCCGUGGCAUUCAGUGCUUGCAACCCAGCUUCCGCAAGCACAUGCUAAGAGGGAUGGAGAGGCAUCAGGCUGACUGUAGUCUGGAGCUUCGGCAGUACAAGCCAAGUGCGGCUGCUUGGGCCGUCUCGCACGGCUGGGCCUUGCUGAAGCGAAGCUUUGUUCGCUUGAAGGUCCUGCUCAGCCUCCUCGCCGACCGACCGCAGGUCCAAAGCUUCCGUCAGACUUGAAAAGGCCAUGCGAAGUCGGAAGAAGGGAUGGGCAAGGCAUGUGGCACACACAUUGACAUGUGGCACGCACCCUUUGGGCAGACUGGGCAUCAGAUGACGAGUAGAGAGUGAUGUCCUGGGCUGACUUGGCAUCAGCCCAGCAUAGCCCAGCUAUCUCUGCGGGACAGAAUUGUGUUUAGCACGCUGUUCGUCGAGAUGAGAAGAACUGGGCGGUCUUCGGAUGCCAGACAUACCCCUGGACGUUCAUUUUGAAGCAUGAUUGGCGCAGGUAUGCCUCACAAUCUCUGAAAGGGAACGGAGUCUGACCCCUUGCCUUGCUUGUGAAAAGUAUCCAUAUGUUUCAGCCUCGGCUGCAUGGAGCCUCAAUCAGAUGCGUUUGAGCCUCCUUCCGACAACCUCGAAGUGGCUGUUCCACUACGUGCUGCCUACCAUGAGCUUUGGGCAGAGUAGAAUGAAAAGCUCAUCUCCCUUUGCCCGGAUGAGUUGGAAGAGUUGCUUCUAGAAAGCCUGCAUGUGUGUCCAAACGCCUAAAACCAUCUAAAACCCACGUGUUAGCACAAGGACCAGGCUUCGCUAACGCUUGUGACACCCAUACGCACAUAUCCUAGCGCUGGAGCCCAUUCUGUAGCCCCAAGUCGUUCUCCCAUGUGGCCGGCCACUGGCCAGUCGUCCUCCCAGGCGCCGCACGAAACCGCAAAGACCCAGUCAGCAGUCGACCUCCCGCGGAGCGAGACAUGUGUCGCCCGUGUCCCUUGGUUCGCUUGUGAUGCCACAUGUUGCACAGAGACUGAAGAGGGUCAGGACCCACUCCAGCAUUUUUGUUUUUCUGUUGGUUCACAUGUGAGAUCCAGCCCAGUGAGUUGACGCAUUCUUUUUGGAAGGUCGGGAGUUGAAACUAGAUCAUUUGAGAACACGGCAAGGAGAUGUUUUCUGAGGGAAACCUUACCACCUAGAUGCAUGCUUGCUACCAGCCGGUGAUCUCAGCGGUGCUGUCGAAGCAGAAUUCUGCGUUUCAUGCGCAGUGCGUGCAGCAGGGGUUCCAAACCGGGGUUGCUGACUCUGGAGUGGGCACCGAAAUGGCCUUCUCUUUAAGUCCCUAAAGAUGCCAAUGUAUGCCAAUGUGGUGUUCCAUGGAGACCAAGCAUUUUGUGGUGCCAUGAUUGAGCCACCUUUCGCAUGCUUUCGAUCUGCUGCCAAGCCUUGGGGCUUUGAGGAGGAGUCAGCGUAGUCAGCUGAAUCACCUGGUAGCAGUGUUCAAGGUGAUCCAGGAAGGCACAGUUGGCACUGCGAAGGCCUGCUCAAGUCGGAACAGCUUCUUCACUAAGAGAUUCCGUCGAACAGCCAGAUGUCCACGGAACGAACGUCUCCGAACGUGCGCAGCGUGCGCCUCCAAGUGACUACAUCUUCCCUGCGCAUCCCUGCGCCAACUGGUCGAUGAAGGUCGAGAGCUCAGCCAGAUGGACAGUAGAAGGCCAAAGCCACCACUGAGAGGAAUUCUUGAGAGCUCUGGUCCAUGCUUUAACACCCGAAAGGUGUUCAUAUAUCAAGUAUGAUGAAACAUGAUGUAUACGGUGAUGUACAUACGUAAGACUAAGACUUGAGCUUUCGUUGGCAGGACUGAAUGGGU